GCAGCAGUAUUUGAACCUCAGAUCAAUGGUCUUUCCUCGCCACUGUCCUGCAGCUCUUUCUCUCUCAAAUUCCUCUGCACUUUGCGACACUCAGUUUUGCUACAAAAAUGGCCACAGUUGGUAAGGUCAUCAAAUGCAAGGCAGCAGUAGCCUGGGAGCCAAACAAGCCUUUAGUGAUUGAGGAGAUUGAGGUAGCCCCGCCCAAGGCCAAUGAAGUCCGCAUUAAGAUUGUGACAACCACAGUAUGCCACACGGACCUGUAUCAUUUGCUUGAGGACAUGCCUAGAGACGGCUUCCCAACAGUCCUUGGCCACGAGGGAGCUGGCAUUGUAGAGAGUGUUGGGCCUGGAGUCACCGAAUUUCAACCAGGAGACAGGGUGAUUCCUUUGUUCAUCUACCAGUGUAGAGAAUGUCGCUUCUGUAAGAGUCCCAAAACUAACAUUUGUGAUAAAGGAUGGUUCUCUGAUCGCCAUGAUGUGAUGGCAGACCCAAACUGCAGGUUAACCUGUAAGGGAAAGAAGGUGCUGCCAUUUAUGGGAACCAGUACCUUCUCUGAGUACACUGUGGUUAACCAGAUGGCUGUGGCUAAAAUUGACCCCACUGCCCCUCUGGACAAAGUCUGUCUCCUCGGCUGUGGGAUCUGCUCAGGAUAUGGAGCAGCAGUUAACACUGCUAAGGUGGAACCGGGCUCAACAUGUGCUGUGUUCGGCCUGGGAGCUGUGGGUUUGGCUGCAGUCAUGGGCUGCAAGGCUGCAGGAGCCAAGAGGAUCAUCGCUGUUGACAUCAAUCCAGAGAAGUCUGAGAAGGCCAAGGUGUUAGGUGCAACUGACUUUGUGAACCCCAAGGAUCACAGUAAAUCAAUCAGUCAAGUGCUGUCUGAGAUGACUGACGGAGGAGUGGACUACUCCCUGGAAUGUGUUGGGAAAGUGGAAGUCAUGCGCAGUGCCUUGGAGUCUUGUGUGAAAGGUUGGGGUGUCAGUGUGGUUGUUGGCUGGAAUGACAUGUAUGAUGUCUCUGUUCGACCCAUUCAGCUCAUUGCUGGACGCACAUGGAAGGGCUCCUCGUUUGGAGGAUUUAAGAGUAAAGAUGGUGUGGUUCAGAUGGUUAAAGCCUAUCUGGACAAGAAGUUGAAGCUGGAUGAGUUCAUCACUCACAACAUGACUUUGGCCCAGGUCAAUGAUGCCAUUGAACUGAUGAAGCACGGCAAAUGCAUCCGGACAGUCCUGACGGUUUCUCCACAAUAAGACCACUGUGUUGUUUUCAGUGACCCAAAGUAAUCAAAUAAUUUACCACUUAGUCCAUGGUCUCAGGUCAGAACUUUCACCAAUAGGUACCACCCAAGGUAGCAAACUCUAGUUUGGUGUUUUUAAAAAGUCUAUAUAUUGAUCCUAUUCUUGUGAAGAAGAAUUCCUCAAAGGAAUUUCUUCAAAUCUGGCACAAAGGUCUACUUGAAUUUUACAGUGAACUGAUUAGAGUAGGGUGGUCAAAUAUCAAGGUCACUUCUACAGAGCGGAUCAGCUCAAAGCCUGUUUAUAUUCUUUGUAUGAAUAUAAAUGUUAUAGUCUAUGUAUGUGUACUUUUGUGUGAUUCAAACUAAAUUGCUGCACAUAUUGUACAUAAGCUCUUACUAUAGACUGUGAGCAAACCGCUUGUGCAUAUACUGCAGGGCAAUAAUUGCAAAAACCAUUAUUGUCCCCCAAAAAUUCGUAAAGCCACUAAUUUGAAAUGGCUGUCAAGUUUCAAAGUUUUAUAUGGACCCAACAAAUAAACUAGUUGCAAAGAGAUUUUGCCACCUCAGAUGGUGCCAAAAAUUUGACCUGGCCCAUGAACUAAGAGUAGUAUACAAAUACUCAAAUUAUGCCCACUAUGAAUACCUGACCUUAAACACGCAACACAAAAUCAAGUCAAAUCCAAUCAAGUUGAUUUAUAUAGCACAUUUAAAAACAACAGCAGUUGACCAAAGUGCUGUACAAAAUAAAAGAAGUAUGCGCAAAUAAAUAGCAAUAUAAAAUGUACACAAAGAUAAAACAGAAUAAAACUGGUGAGAACAAUUACGUACGUAAAAAAAAUUCUAAAAUACUAAGAUAUUAAAACCACUGCAAACAACCAAAAGCCAAAAGAGGCUAUACUAAAGCUUUGCAGCAGCUACCGCAAAGGCACGCUCUCCCUUACCCACCAGCCUCAAUUGUGGGACAGUAAAAGACAUUGUUUGGGGGAUCUAAGAAUUCUGGAGUUGGAGUAGGGGCAGAGAGGUUCAGCUAUAUACUGGGGUGCCAGCCCACGUAUGGCUUUAAAAACAAAUAAAAGAACCUUAAAAUCAAUCCUGUAUUUGAUAGGUAGCCAGUGCAGCGGAUUAUGUGUAGAUUGUGAGAAUCAUCUGCAGUGUUUAGUAAGGAAAAGCUAAACAUGUCAGGUAUAUAUAUGUCACAAUAAAUGGUCUUAACAAAUGGGGCCUGUGGCUUUCUUCUUUGUGUAUGUCACUGGAAUGGCAUGUUAGUGUGAAAACUCAUGUUGCAAAAUCCUGUAUUGCAUUGUGUUCAGUGUUCUUCUUAGAGAGUCUUAGGUCACAUUCACACAGACCAGUUAAGUUAUAUCAGUGUUUGCUUAACAUGCCAGGCAGCUUUAAAAUUAUCAUUCCAAUAUAAAUCCACCUGUGAAAUUGCAUUUUUUUUGGUCUACUACAGCAUACAUAUCUGCUCUGUAAAUUGCUUGUCCUGUGUUCUCCUUAGAGGGAAAAACGGCAGGCCAUUAAACAAACAGGAAGAUCUUAAAAUCAAUUUAGCAGUGAACUGGAAGCCACUGCAGGACAGCCAGGAUGAAGCUGAUGUGCGAUCUUCAUGGUUCCAGUGAGUAGCUUAGCAGCAGCAUUCUGGACGAGUCAUACCGAGUAAUAUCGAAGUAUAUGGACUUGCGGUAGCUGAUCUGUGAGGACAUGAAGACAGGGAUGACUAUCUCCUGGGUGGGAGAGGGGAGUUAUUAGUGUGGCUAUGGAUCAAAGCUAAAAACAACAACAACAAAAAAACAACUGCAUUUAGCUGUUAAUCAAAUUUUAGGACAGUGCUAAAGAUGAAACCAAGGUUAGUAGCAUGCAGCUUAGGGGAUGAGACAGUUGGACUAGGUCAUUUUAAUAAAGUCUGGAGGGAGGGGCACAGAGCACAACCUCAGAUCUGUUUACAUAUUAGCUGUAGGAAAUUAAGGGCCAUCCAGCUUAAGAUGUCCUGAAGGGAGUCUCAGGAAAUUUAGGUCCAAUGGGCAGUUGAGUUUCAGGUGUAGGUAAAGCUGGGUAUCAUCAGCAUAGCAGUGAUAGGUAAUGUAAAAGUCCUGUAUGCUUCUACCCAGGGCAAGGAGGUACAUAGAAAAGAGAAUAGGGCUGAGGAUGGAUCCGUGCGGAACUCCAUAGGAGAGACUGGCGGGAGGGGAGAAGAAAUGGUUUAUGCUAACUGAAAACGUUUUAUUGGUGAGACAGGAGGAGAAGCAAGCCAAUCCAAGAAGUCCUGGUAGAGUUAACAGAUGCAGGUGUGGACUAUUUCUUAAAACAUGUGGGCAAUGUGGCAAUCGUGAAAUUCUUAGAAAACGAAGAUUGCUAUCAUCUCCAUAAUGUUAUCCCAUACUGAUCAUUAGCUCCCACGCCUAAAGCAGUUCUGUGUGUACUGAAUGAACCAUGUGAAUCAUGACCCAAGUGUGCAUGGUUUCAUUGAACAAAAUUGCUCAUGUUACAGAUUACAUGACAAAGUUUUAAAUUUACAAACAAGAUAAACUGAGCAUAGAGGUAGGGAUGAGGUUGUGGUGCUGUUUGGAUCAGGUUGAUGGGAUACUGUCCUGUCUUGGUGUUAGAGGUCAGACCCGGAAACCUGCAAUAAAAACUGAGGCACUAACGUGAUCACUGGGGUGGAGGCUGGUAGUUAAGCUAGCUGGUAUCUUAGACAUCAGGAUUCGUUUGUUUAGAGAUGUUAAUGUAUAUCAGUUUAAUUCAAGUUUGUAUAAAACCUUUUAGGAACACCUUGAGGAAAUUUCUUGGAAUUUGGCACAAACAUCCAUCUGGCCUCAGUGAUGAACUGAUUAGAUUUUAGAGGUCAAAGUCAAGGUCACUGUGACUUGGUCUGUAUGUUGUGAACAAAAUAUCUCAAGAACGGCUUUAGGGACUUUAUUUAAAUUGGGCACUAAAGCCCAGUUGGAGUCAAUGACUGACUGAUUAGAUUUUGAGAAAUUCUUCAAAUUUGGCACAAACAGCCACAUGGAGUCAAUGAUGAACUGCAGAGAUUUUGCUGGACAAAGGUCAAGGUCACUGUGACCUCAAUAACGUGUUUUUGGCCAUAACCCAAUAAAUCAUACACUAAUUUUGACAACAUUUCACACAAAUGUCCAAUAGAAUAAGAUGAUGAAGUGAUGAAAAUGUAUACCCAAAAAGUCAAAGGUUGACCUCUCUGUGACAUAAUAUUCUGCAAAAACACUUUUCUGGCCAGGUGCUAAGUAGAGACAUUUGGUUAGAAACUGAAUUGGUGUCAAUAAUCUUGGAUACCCACCUUGAAACUGAAUUUCUAUAGAUCUUUUGUCCUGUGGGGUUGAAGAAUUGUGUGAAGCAUGAAUAUUUUAAAAUUUGUAGCUUCUUUGCAGCACCAUCCAUAUUUAAAACAUUGUCAAUUGUCAUGGCUAUGAAUGUGUCUGGACAGUCAUGGAUGUAAACUAACUGUAACUUGACUGGUUCACGGAGGAAUGCAACUACGAGGUGGUAAUUCUAGUUAUUUUCAAAUGUGCUAAUAAAGUGAUGUGUGACAGAUGCAUUUAGAAUGCUACCCAUACCAUAUAACAUACAGUACAGAGACACUGUAAUUUUGUGAAGCCACCUGAUACAGUGCACAUCUUCUCUCCACUGACUAGAUGAACUCAAUAACACUCUUCCCAAGAUAGGCGGGAACAGUGUUCCCAAGCUGGUAGAGGAAUACAUGAACAGGAAGCUGAGAGUGGAUGACUUUGUGACUCACUCUCCACCCUUUUAGAAAUCUCAUGAAUAUCUUGUGUUCCUCUGGGUUUAGGGGCAUUUUAGUCAUUCUGGGGCCUCAGGCAAACACAGGCUAUCCCCCGUUUUAGUCCAUAUCUAUCUGUAAAGGCCUAAUUGUAACUUCUACUCUUUACCAGUCUUCGCACAGUGAUGUCUAGAAAUCUGGAAUUCCAUUUGUAACAAAAACAUAUUUAGUGCAGUGAUGGCUGCCCUCUGUUGAGGACAAGGCUGGGAAAUUAUAAGAGAAAUAGGAUUUAAAUGACUUGUCCUGAGGACUAUUUUUCAAGUAUAAGACAAGACAAGUUUGUCAGACAUGUAAGACAUGUUAGAGUAGAAAAAUCAUCAAAUAACUUAAAUCUUUCUCAUGUCCACUGGUUUCGACAGCUGCCAGUUUAUUCCACACAGGCUCCACGUGUAUUGCCCAGAUUUGGGUAGAAAGUCAAGGAACUGAUAACAUGGCUGCAAGGGCUUACAAACAAUUGUUUUCCCCAUAGUUUCUGCUAACCCAUGGUAGUCUCACACUUAAGUUGAAACACUUUACAGUCCCUGCCCAACUGAAUGUGUGCCAGACUUCACUGACACCCUAUAAAACCUUGUUGCUUCUUGUCUCCCUCCCACUCCCGUCCUGCUGCUGCUCUCUUGACUCUCACAGCUCCUCUCUGGCUUUAUUUUAAUCUUUGCAGCAAAAAU